UUGGUUUCAAGUCCCAGAAUACCUUUCACGAGCACAAGCCGGUCACGUUCACACACGCUCAGCGUGGCAGCAGGAACCCGCUUUUCAUAGGUUCCUCUAGCUAAGUUAACCAAGGUGGAGCAAAAGGCCCCACCCCCAGAGAUGAAGCUACUGGAUUGGAUUUUGAGUUCAGUCUCGGGGUGGGGCUGGAAUUCACCUUUGUACUCCAGGCAGGCCAGGGUUGGUGGUGCCUGGCUAGGUGUGUCCAGAACUGGCUGCCAUCCUGACGCGUCUCAGAGCUGCUGGCAGGUUCUAUGGACAGCCACUAUGGCCUCUGGGCUGGCAGAAGAGUCUGAACCAAGUCUUGGGGAGUCUGAACUGGCUGUGAACCCCUUUGAUGGGCUCCCCUUCUCUUCUUGCUACUAUGAGCUACUUGAGCAGCGAAGAGCCUUGCCCAUCUGGGCUGCUCGCUUCCUGUUCUUGGAGCACUUGGAGAGUAGCCCCACUGGAGUGGUGCUGGUAUCUGGGGAGCCCGGCUCUGGCAAGAGCACCCAGGUGGAGGAAGAUUCUGGGAGUGAACAGAGGGCAGGGUUAAAUGCCUUUUCCUGGGUAAAGAAUGGGGAUGUGGGAGAGAUGACCGAAGGAAGCUGGGUUUGGCUGACCCCAGUGGGUAGUCAAGAUUCAGGGAUCCCAGUUCAACUGGCCAUAGUUCCAACAGCACUUUGGUCAGAAGUCCUCCGAUGCCCUGACCAAUGGUCCUUCCCUUUCUCUACCCAGAUUCCUCAAUGGUGUGCAGAGUUUGCACUAGCCAGGGGAUUCCAGACAGGCCAGGUUAUAGUCACUCAGCCCUACCCUCUGGCAGCCAUGAGCCUGGCUUCGAGGGUGGCUGAUGAGAUGGACCUGACCCUGGGUCAUGAGAUCGGAUACCGCAUCCCACAGGAGGACUGCACUGGGCCCAACACCGUGCUCAGGUUCUGCUGGGACAGGCUACUUUUACAGGAAGUAGCCUCAACCCGAGGCCCUGGAGCCUGGAGUGUGCUGAUACUGGAUGAGGUUCAGGAGCGGUCAGUGGCCUCAGAUUUACUGCAGGGGCUCUUGCGAGACACCAGACUGAGAGACCUUCCAGGGGAUCCCAGAGUGAUUGUGGUUACUGACCCAGCCCUUGAACCCAAACUCCAAGCUUUCUGGGGCAAUUCUCCUAUUGUGCGUGUACCCAGAGAGGCUGGUGAAAAUCCCACCCUUACCUACAAGGACACUGUCCCUACUGACCUAGUGGAGGCUGCCUGCCAAGCUGUGCUUGAGCUGUAUCGACGGGAAGAGGCUCCAGGAGAUGUGCUGGUAUACCUGCCCAGUGAGGAGGACAUCUCCCUAUGCUGCGAAACCUUGUCCAGGGAGUUGGGGGUGCCGGCUGUCCCGGGGCCUCCACCACGGAUACUGCCCCUUCACCCAGGCUGUGGGCAAGCCGUCCAGGCUGCGUAUGAGGACACAGGCAGGAGUGUCCAGAAGAUCGUGGUCACUCACUGGCUAGCAGACUUCUCCUUCUCUCUCCCUUCCAUCCGGCACGUCAUUGACUCAGGACGGGAACUUCGCAGUGUUUACAGUCCUCGGAUCCGGGCAGAAUCCCAGGUGUUGAGACCAAUUAGCAAGUGUCAGGCGGAGGCAAGACUACUUCGGGCCAGGGGAUCCCCACCAGGGUCCUGCCUCCGCCUGUACUCUAAGUCCAUCCUAGAGCUAGAGGCUCCCCCACUUCCCUACCCCAAAGUGUAUGAAGAGAAUCUGAGCUCCCUGGUGUUGCUACUAAUGAGGAAGCAGAUUGCAGAACCAGGGGAAUGCCACUUCCUGGACCGGCCUGCUCCAGAAGCACUGAUGCAGGCCGUGGAAGACUUAGACUAUCUGGCUGCUUUGGAUGACGAUGGGGAGCUGUCGGACCUGGGAAUCAUCUUGUCGGAAUUUCCCCUGCCCCCUGAGCUGGCCAAAGCCCUGCUGGCCUCGUGCGAGUUUAACUGUGUGGAUGAAAUGCUUACUCUCGCUGCCAUGCUUACUGCUGCUCCUGGGUUUUCCCGGCCUCCACAGUGUGCGGAAGAGGCUGCCUUGCGUCGGGCCCUGGAACACGCAGAUGGCGAUCACAGCUCUCUGAUUCAGGUCUACGAAGCCUUUGCACAAAGUGGAGCAGAUGAGGCGUGGUGCCAGGCUCGGGGUCUAAACUGGGCGGCGCUGUGCAGGGCCCGUCAACUCCGGGCAGAGCUCCUGGAACUCAUGCAGCGGAUUGAGCUCCCCCUGACCCAGCCAGCCUUUGGCUCCCAGCAGAACCGCAGAGACCUUCAGAGAGCUCUGCUGUCGGGAUUCUUCCUCAAGGUGGCCCGAGACACGGACGGAACUGGAAAUUACCUGCUUCUCACCCAUAAACACGUAGCCCAGCUGUCGUCAGACUGCUGCUACCGAAGCCGCAGGGCGCCAGCGCGGCCGCCUGCGUGGGUCCUCUACCACAGCUUCUCCAUAGCCAAACACAACUGCCUUUGCGUUGUCUCUGAGAUUCAACCUGAGAUCAGGCUGGUGGAGCUAGCCCCUCCCUACUUCCUGAGUAACUUGCCCCCUAGUGAGAGCAGAGACCUUCUGAACCAGCUGAGGGGAGCCGCAGAGGCAGAGCCAGCGGCAGAGCCUGAAGCACCGUCUCCCCAGGAGUAUGGAGACAGCUGUGUUGUGCAGUGAGCUGCCUAUGGACAGAGCCAACCCCACCACGUAGCCCCAGGGCACUCAGCCCGGCUAGAAACCCAGCGUGGGGUCAAGUAUACUCCUGGAACCCAAGAGCCAAGAACUGGUGGGAGGGGAGGGAAGGGGAGCCAUAGUCUGGGACUAGGCAGACCUUUCUUUUUCUAUCUAUGGGCAAGGGGGCAAACGUUGGGCCCCACACAACUUUGCACUCUCCUCGGGACAAUAAAAGACUUUUCUGGGA